GGAAGAUGUUUUCCGCGCUCAAGAAGCUGGUGGGGUCGGAGCCGGCCGCGGGCCGCGAGAAGAACAUCCCGGCCGGGCUGCAGUCCAUGAACCAGGCGCUGCAGAGGCGCUUCGCCAAGGGAGUGCAGUACAACAUGAAGAUAGUGAUCCGAGGCGACAGGAACACGGGCAAGACCGCGCUGUGGCACCGGCUGCAGGGCAAGAAGUUCGUGGAGGAGUACAUCCCCACCCAGGAGAUCCAGGUCACCAGCAUCCACUGGAGCUACAAAACCACUGAUGACAUCGUGAAAGUGGAGGUCUGGGAUGUAGUGGACAAAGGAAAAUGUAAAAAGCGGGGUGAUGGCUUGAAGAUGGAGAAUGACCCCCAGGAGGCAGAGUCUGAGAUGGCCCUGGACGCCGAGUUCCUGGACGUGUACAAGAACUGCAACGGGGUGGUCAUGAUGUUCGACAUCACCAAGCAGUGGACCUUCAGCUACAUCCUGCGGGAGCUCCCCAAGGUGCCGACCCACGUGCCCGUGUGCGUGCUGGGGAACUACCGCGACAUGGGCGAGCACCGCGUCAUCUUGCCUGACGACGUGCGCGACCUCAUGGACCGCCUGGACAGACCACCGGGCUCCUCCUACUUCCGCUACGCCGAGUCCUCCAUGAAGAACAGCUUUGGCCUCAAGUACCUUCACAAGUUCUUCAACAUCCCCUUCCUGCAGCUGCAGAGAGAAACGCUGCUGCGGCAGCUGGAGACAAACCAGCUGGACAUCGACGCCACGCUGGAGGAGUUGUCGGUGCAGCAGGAGACCGAGGACCAGAACUACAGCCUCUUCCUGGAGAUGAUGGAGGCGCGAAGCCGAGGCCACACGUCCCCGCUGGCGGCCAACGGGCAGAGCCCGUCCUCCGGCUCCCAGUCACCUGUGGUACCUGUGAGCGCCGUGUCCACGGGGAGCUCCAGCCCCAGCACGCCCCAGCCGGCCCCACAGCUGCCCCUCCCCGCCCCCUCUGCCUGCCCCUCCCCACCGUCCCCCUCAGAGGCCCCGCUGCCCCCCGCGCCCCCCGUGGCCCCCGCUCCAGCCCCAAGACGCAGCAUCAUCUCCCGCCUGUUUGGGACCUCGCCAGCCGCCGAGGUGGCCCCGCCCCCCCCAGAUCCGGCCCCGGCUGCAGAGGCCCCGGCGGAAGUCCAGGACGUCGAGGAAUUUGUCCCUGGGGAUGGCCUUGACCACAGCUUCCUGGAUGACGUGGCCCCCCCGAAGGAUGAGAGGACAGUUGAGGCCGAGGCCCCUCAGGACAGCGACAGCGACGGGGAGGCCCCCGGAGGGAACCCGAUGGUGGCGGGUUUCCAGGACGACGUGGACCUGGAGGACAAGCCGCCCAGCAGGCCCCUGCUGCCCACGGGCCCCGUCUCCAGGGAGAACACUCUUCCCAAUGAAGAGGCUGCAGGACCCCCCAAGGCCGCUGCCCUGGCCCCCCAGAAGUGCUCCGAGCCAGAGACCACACAGUAUGUGGGGAUCCCCAGGGGAGCGGCCCCAGGAGAAAGGACAGACAGGCCCCUGACCGCCUCCUUGUCCCGAAGGCCCCCCACAAAGGCCCCGAGGCCGCACAAGCGCGCGGAGCCCUCGCGGGGGCCCGGCGGGAAGGACGAACUGGCAGCCUCGUCAGAGAGUGACCCCGAGGGGCCCAUCGCCGCGCAGAUGUUGUCCUUUGUCAUGGAUGACCCCGACUUCGAGAGCGACUCGGACACACUACGGAGAGCGGACGAGCUCCCGGUGCGGGAGGAUCUCUCCGACGGGACGGACGAGGACACGGGCCCUGCCCAGGCGCCCCCGCCCCCCAGGCCCCCGGCCCCCGCCUUCCGAGUGAAGGACGACUUGGAUCUCUUUGGCCUGGGGCUGGAGGAGCCCGGCCACAAGGCGAGCAGCAGCGAAGAUAAGGAGGGCAGGCCUCCCUCCAAGGAGAAGAAGAAAAAGAAGAAGAAAGACAAGGAGGAGGAAGAAAAGGCGGCCAAGAAGAAGAGCAAGCACAAGAAGGGCAAGGACCGCCAGGAGGGCCGCGAGGACCGGAAGCAGCGCAGGGGCAAGAGGGCGGCGGACGAGCUGGAAGCCUUCCUGGGGGGCGGGGCCCCAGGUGGCCAUCUCCGCGGGGGAGGGGACUACGAGGAGCUCUAGACCUGGCACGGGGAGCACGCACACUCCACGCUCGCUGGGGCACUGGGCCCGCCCUGCGGAGGGUGGGCAGCAGGCGUCGGCCCUGUUGCUUCUCAGGGAGGGACGAAGGCCCAGGAGGCCGGCAAGGCUGUUCACAAGGCAGAGCGCCCGUCACACCCAGCUCCUCCUCGCCGGCCACCGCAUGCGGGCAGCGCGGCUCCCUGGCUGCAGCUCCCUGGGCUGUGCAUCGCAUCCCAAGCCCUCUGGGCACCGCUGCUGCUGAGGCCAGGCAGUGCCGGCACACCCCUGGGGGCUCCUCCCAGGCUGGUGUCCAGCGCCACACCUGCUGGGCGGUCACCCGUGGAGCCAGAAUGUCCUCAUUCAUUUCCUUUUCUCCUUCCACACUCGGCUCCCACCAUAAAGCUCUCCUGUUGUAA